CUCUUCUACAGUCCUCAACGAGCUAUUAAACGCCAUGAAAGACGACUUUGCAGACGAGGAGGAAGUACAGUCUUUUGGAUACAAGAGGUUCGGGAUCCAGGAAGGCACCCAGUGCACCAAGUGUAAGAAUGAAUGGGCGCUGAAGACCUCCAUCGCUCUGCUCUACGUGCUGUGUACUCUCCUCACCAUCGCUGUCGCUGUGCUCGGAUAUAAAGUGGUGCAAAAAGUUGACAGUGUGUCUGAAGGAAUUGCAAACUAUGGAGGAAAGAUAAGGGAUGUUGAGGCUGAAUUGAAAAAGCUUGGUAAGUUUCAUUCAUCUGGGGUGAAAUCUGAGAACACCACCACAGAGAUCCAGGGUUUUAAGAACAACAUCUGGACUCUUCAGAGGCAGCUGUCUGCGGUGGAGGAACGCAUCCACAGCGAUCAAGCUAAGCUGAGUCAGCUUCAAAACGUUGGCUCAAACAUCCAGAACAACCAGGACUCCAUUCAGGGAGCGCUGAGUAGCAACACAGCCACUUUACGCCUUGUAAAUGGCACCCUGCAGUCUUAUGACGGCAUCAUUGGGGGUCUGCAGGAGGACACCGCCAGGCUGCAGAGAGAACUCCAACAGCAGAUGAAACUUCAGAACGAGGCUCUGCUCAACAUCGGCAGCCUGAACCUCACCCAGGCCCAGCAGAGAGGCCUCAUCGGUGCUCUGCAGCGCUCCGUGGACGACACCAGCCAGGCCAUUCAAAAAAUGCGCAAUGACUUUCAGAGCUUGGAGCAGACGACCCGACAGACGCGCUCCGAUAGCGACUGGCUUCGAGGUAAAGUGGAGAACCUGCAGGUUAUGUCUAGUAAUGCCUCGGUUCUGGCAAAGGCCAACAGCGACAGCCUGGAGGAGGUGGGAUCGCAGAUUACUGUGAUGUCCAACCAGCUCCAGAACACCAGCAGCCUGGUUGAAACUCACGACCAAUCCCUGAGGGAGAUUAUGGACCAGCAGAGGGACUUUGGCAACCUCACGUCCACUCGGUUUGACCGUCUGGAGGUGCGGCUGGACGAGUCAGAGCAGAGUAUGGACCGCGUGACCGGCAACAUCAGCUUCACCACGCAGCUCCUGGGCGCCAUCAACCUUAACCUGAACGAUUUGCGCACUUGUUCUGAGACAGUCGGCCGUCACGCCGAGUUCUUGUUGAACCUCAACAACAGUGUGACAGAUGUGACGAUAGAUGCCGCCAGUCUGAGGUCCCAGCAGGAAGAUCUGGCAGCACGUGUGGACAAGGAGGUCACCAAUCUGUCUUUUGUCAUGGAGGAGAUGAAGCUGGUCGACACCAAGCACUCACAACUAAUAACCAACUUCACUAUUUUACAAGGUCCUCCGGGUCCCAGAGGCCCGAGAGGGGACAAAGGACCUCAGGGACCAUCUGGUCAAACUGGCAAGAAGGGAGAGAAAGGUGAUAAGGGUCCAUCGGGAAUACCAGGUCCCAGAGGAGAUCAGGGUUUCCCAGGACCACCAGGUUUACCAGGGUUAAAAGGAUUGCCAGGCAUCCCCGGCGGCCCCGGGUCCAAAGGCUCCAGAGGGUCAGGAGGCAGGGCCGGGCCUUCUGGUGCUAAAGGAGAGCCGGGUACUGCUGGUUUGCCUGGGAGAGACGGACAGCCUGGUCCUCAGGGGGCACAGGGCCCACCGGGUAUCAGAGGCGCGAUGGGGCCAGCUGGAGAGCAGGGACCAAGGGGACUGCCAGGACCAGUGGGGGCUCCGGGACCAGCAGGACCACCAGGACCACCAGGGUACCCUGUUCGGGGCGCAGCGGUACCUCUUGGCCCUGUGUCUCUGCAGGACGAGAGGACCGUAGCUCCGACACUUUGGGCUCCAGGCUGCCCUCCUGAGUGGGAAAACUACAGAGACGGCUGCUACUUCUUCUCCAAAGACAUGGACAGUUUUGAUGAAGCAAAGGCAACGUGUGAAGUGCAAUCGGCUUCACUGGUGAUCAUCAAUGAUCUGGAGGAACAGAGAUGGCUGAAGAGGCAGAUCCUUGGAAAGGGUUUCUUCUGGAUGGGUCUGACCGACAAAGGAGAGGAGAAUGUGUGGCGAUGGCUGGAUGGGACUGAACCUACUUUCACGAAGUGGAAACCCGGUCAGCCUGACAACUGGGGCCAUGGGCAUGACAUAGGAGAGGACUGUGCGGGUCUCGUCCACGAAGGGUUAUGGAACGAUUUCUUCUGUGAAGAUCGCGUAGGCUACAUCUGUGAGAAGAAAAUGGAGACCCCAUUAUUCCCAAGCUCAUAGCAUUAUCUUGAAAGGGAACUUGCAGUGAGCAGCUAGACUUCACCCAUGUGGCACCGGUCCACUGACCCAGCACAUGGACAGUCGGUACGGAGAGAGCAA